AUGGGUCGCUUUUCUGAGAACAAGAAGCACUCCACAAAGACGACUACCCCGGCAAAACGUCCAGAUGACAGGUACAAGGCGGAAUUAAUGCAAACGAUCGACUCGUUGAUCACAUAUCAUGCUUGUCUCGAGAACGCUCGACGAGACGGUGAGAAGGAGCUAGCGACGAACUUGGAGCAAGCUAUAUCAAAUGCAGAUAAGAAGUUGGCUGGUGAUUUGGCCGCGUGGGCAUCUACUCGCGUUCGAGAUGACGGCGAGGAGGAAAGAGACGGCGAAGAGACAGCCGCUGGUCGAGAACUCGCCGCCGCAAUUGGAGAUGAGCUUGCGAGAGUGGAAGCCGGUGGAACAGCGGAGAAAGGGAAGGAAGCAUCUCAAGACAUGGAUAUGGGACCCCUUCAACAAGCACUCGAGUGCUUUUCUUUGGCUUGCGGUACGGCGAACAGGUUUGAAAGCGAGGCACCGCAGUGGAAACCGCAGAAAUAUAGGCGCAUGAAUACGGAGUUGGCUGGAUUCGGCGUUGAAUACGAAUCCGAUUGCGAAGAUCAUCCCAUUGAGAUUGGCCAUGGCAAAAAGGCAAACGAGCUUGGGGAUGAGAUCCAGAAGGCGCGAGAACAAGAAACAGAGGACAAGGAAGAGUCAAAUGAGGACGACGAGGAGUUGGGAAAGAAGACCAGUAACAGGAAGCGGGACGAAUGA